AUGGACCAUUCCCAACUUGAAAAGCGACUGCUCGAAGUGCCUGGCCAGGCUCACCCUCGCGUCGAUGCACUGAAACGCAGCGUCACCUGUACAGGGACAACUUCAGCUCCCGCCACAUUCACCGCGCCGUCUCUUGUUUCAACGAGGGCUCCUAGUCCCGCAGCAUCCGACGUUGGCGACUACGAAAAUCCUCUCGAGGCCAGUUCACGAUGGUUUCUCCAAGCCAAGGCUCAAACUGUGCGGUAUGCCGCCAGCCUGGGCUUCAGCAUUCACAACAGAUCAGACCCCCCGGCGCCCUAUCCCUCACGAGAGAUAUGGCUCGAUUCAACCCUUUCUGAAUGGAAGGGCCGGAAGAAGAUCAAGGUCGAGGUGUGGAAUCCUCCCAGGAUAUCUGUUGGGCCACGUGCUGCCGUGAUCAACAUGCAUGGAGGCGGUUGGAUUCUCGGGCAAGGCACUGACGAUGCUCGAUGGGCUGGCGCGGUGUUGUGUGAUAUUGAUGCCGUUGUCUUCACGGUCAACUACCGACUCGCGCCAAGCUAUCCCUUCCCAACGCCAAUGGAAGACUGUGUAGACGCAAUUCUUCAGAUCACAUCCAGGGCCGCCGAGUUUGGCAUCGAUCCUGACCGCAUCGUCCUGUCUGGAUUCAGCGCAGGAGCUACGAAUGCCCUCACAAGUUGGGUUGUCCUACAAGAUCCGGCAAAAUGGAAUUACACAUUCCCUAUCCCGCCGCCAUCUAUCCUUGGCAUCAUCCUCUUCUAUCCCACGCUAGAUGUCACGAUAACUCGGCCCGGGAAGCGGCAAACCUGCACUCGACCAGACCGCACUCUUUCCCCCGGGAUGACUGAUCUCAUAGACGCCUCGUAUUUCUACCCGCCAAUUCCGCGGGAGAAGCGGACGGAUGAGAGAAUGUCUCCAGGUCUCAUGCCAGAUGACCUUUUGAGGAAGCUGCCUCACUUUCACAUGAUCUUAUGCGAAUAUGACAUGCUGUUGGCAGAAGGCAUACGGUUUGUCGAGCGACUGGAGCAGCACGACAUGCCGUUCACGGUUCGUGUCGUCGAGGGAGAAGGGCAUGCCUGGGACAAACCACCUCCCAUGGCUCCAAAGGAAAGCGUGUUUGUCGAAUAUGCUAAAGCAACGGAGAGUAUUGCCCGAUGGCUUGGGAAAGAGCACGAGACAGAUAGAGAGUCUACAAGUUCAUUUCGAACGAAGCGUUCUCGUUUUAGACGGCCUAGACACUUGUCGAUUAGAUCAAGGUCUGUGUGGUAG